UCAGGACGCCGCGGUCAGGACGACGAAGCCAAAGAAGACCAGAGCCAGCCGGGUGGCACAGCGGUGUCGUUUCCGUGUUCCUGAUCGCCUGGGUGGUUGUUGGCGUGUCCCUGCAGUGAAGGGUCCUGACAGUGAAAAAGCAGUCUGGCUCCCGAGGUCCACCCCUUAUACCCCAAGGUCCAGAUGGCGGCCAACGUGGGUGAUCAACGUAGCACAGAUUGGUCUUCUCAGUACAGCAUGGUGGCUGGGGCAGGCCGAGAGAAUGGCAUGGAGACGCCGAUGCACGAGAACCCGGAGUGGGAGAAGGCCCGCCAGGCCCUGGCCAGCAUCAGCAAGUCAGGAGCUGCUGGCAGCUCUGCCAAGUCCAGCAGCAAUGGGCCUGUGGCCAGUGCACAGUACGUGUCCCAGGCAGAAGCCUCAGCUUUGCAGCAGCAGCAGUACUACCAGUGGUACCAGCAGUACAACUAUGCCUACCCCUACAGCUACUACUAUCCCAUGAGCAUGUACCAGAGCUACGGCUCCCCUUCCCAGUAUGGGAUGGCCGGCUCCUAUGGCUCAGCCACACCCCAGCAGCCAUCCGCACCCCAACACCAAGGGACUCUGAACCAGCCCCCAGUCCCCGGCAUGGAUGAGAGCAUGUCCUACCAGGCUCCCCCUCAGCAGCUGCCGUCGGCUCAGCCCCCUCAGCCCUCAAAUCCCCCACAUGGGGCUCACACGCUGAACAGUGGCCCUCAGCCUGGGACAGCUCCAGCCACACAGCACAGCCAGGCGGGGCCCGCCACGGGCCAGGCCUAUGGGCCACACACCUACACCGAACCUGCCAAGCCCAAGAAGGGCCAACAGCUGUGGAACCGCAUGAAGCCCCCUGGGACUGGAGGUCUCAAGUUCAACAUCCAGAAGCGACCCUUUGCUGUUACCACCCAGAGCUUUGGCUCCAACACAGAGGGCCAGCACAGCGGUUUUGGCCCCCAGCCCAACCCUGAGAAAGCUCAGAACCACAGCGGAUCCUCUGCCCGGGGGAACCUGUCUGGGAAACCCGAUGACUGGCCCCAGGACAUGAAAGAGUAUGUGGAGCGCUGCUUCACCGCCUGUGAGUCGGAGGAGGACAAGGACCGCACGGAAAAGCUGCUCAAGGAGGUGCUGCAGGCGCGGCUGCAGGACGGCUCGGCCUAUACCAUUGACUGGAGCCGGGAGCCCUUGCCGGGGCUGACCCGGGAGCCUGUGGCUGAGAGCCCUAAGAAGAAGCGGUGGGAGGCCGCUAGCAGCCUUCACCCUCCUAGAGGGGCAGGCUCGGCAACAAGGGGCGGGGGUGCCCCGUCCCAGCGAGGGACGCCCGGGGCUGGGGGUGCCGGUCGAGCCCGGGGCAACAGCUUCACCAAGUUUGGCAACCGCAACGUCUUCAUGAAGGACAACAGCUCUUCUUCCAGCACAGACUCCCGCUCCCGCUCCUCCUCCAGGUCCCCGACGCGCCACUUCCGCAGAAGUGACUCCCACUCAGACUCCGACAGCUCCUACUCAGGGAAUGAGUGUCACCCUGUGGGCCGCAGGAACCCGCCCCCUAAGGGCCGGGGCGGUCGAGGGGCCCAUAUGGAUCGGGGCCGAGGCAGGGCGCAGCGUGGGAAGAGGCACGAUCUGGCGCCCACCAAGCGCAGUCGAAAGAAGAUGGCGGCGCUGGAGUGUGAGGACCCGGAGCGAGAGCUGAAGAAGCAGAAGCGGGCAGCCCGCUUCCAGCACGGACACUCCCGCCGCCUGCGCCUCGAGCCCCUGGUGCUGCAGAUGAGCAGCCUGGAGAGCAGUGGGGCUGACCCUGACUGGCAGGAGCUGCAGAUCGUGGGCACCUGCCCUGACAUCACCAAGCACUACCUGCGCCUCACCUGUGCCCCCGACCCGUCCACCGUGCGCCCUGUGGCAGUUUUGAAAAAGUCGCUGUGCAUGGUCAAGUGCCACUGGAAAGAGAAGCAGGACUACGCGUUUGCCUGCGAGCAGAUGAAGUCGAUCCGGCAGGAUCUGACGGUGCAGGGCAUCCGCACCGAGUUCACGGUGGAGGUGUACGAGACCCAUGCCCGGAUCGCCUUGGAGAAGGGUGACCAUGAAGAGUUUAACCAGUGCCAGACGCAGCUCAAGUCGCUGUACGCCGAGAACUUGCCUGGCAAUGUGGGCGAGUUUACUGCCUACCGAAUCCUCUACUACAUCUUCACCAAGAACUCGGGAGACAUCACCACGGAGCUGGCAUACCUCACACGAGAACUGAAGGCAGAUCCUUGCGUGGCCCACGCCUUGGCAUUAAGGACAGCCUGGGCCCUGGGCAACUACCACCGCUUUUUCCGGCUCUACUGCCAUGCACCCUGCAUGUCUGGCUACCUCGUGGACAAGUUUGCAGAUCGGGAGCGCAAGGUCGCCCUCAAGGCCAUGAUCAAAACGUAUGUGGUGCCAAGCUCCCUUUCUGCCUUUGCUCUUCCCAUCCUUCCGCCUUGCACCGCCCCUCAGACCAGCUCCUGGCCGCAGGCCUCCCCCAGCCCCCAACCCUUGUCCUGGUCCUUGCUUCCCCAUCAUCUUUCUCCAUUCAGCCCUCCCCUCUCCAGUUCCUCUUGCUCUCCUUGUUGGUCACCUCUGUGUUCCGGGUCACUCCUCUCCCUCUCCCCACUGUUCCCAGCUCACUGCCUCUGGGGCCUCUUCUCCACCCCAUCUGUGUGUCUCUUCCUCCUGUUCUCUCCUGCCUGGACCCCCUAGUUCACUCCUUGCCCUGGGCUUCCUCAGAACCCUGAGGUCUCUGCUUUCUCAGCUUGUCGCUCUAGACAGCCUCUGGUCCAACAGGACAAGGCCCAGUCCCACUCAGCUCCUUUGAGAGCACCAGAAACGCUUAGGGAGACACCUGUGUUGAGGCCACACUGGGCACGGUGCCAGAGGCCCCUGGUCAGGCCAUGCCCCUGCAGUGUCCUUCGUUCACUAGACAUUGUGCCUGGCUUGCUGUGGGUGGGGUUGAGUUGCUUGACUCAUGUUUAGACGCAUGGUUCUGUCUGGUGAUUGAGGUGCCCAGGCGACGUUGGGCAAUGUCAAGAGAGGUUUUUGGUUGUCACAGCAAGGGGAUGCUCUUGGCAUCUAGUGAGUGGAGGCCAGGGAUGCUGCUCUGCCACUGCCAUUGGGCCUCAGAGCUCAGUCUUGUCAAGGUGGAGAAAUUCUGGUCGAAGAGGUUGACCGGUAGACUGAAGAGGCCUUGAGAGCCUGGCCAGGUGGCUGUCCACGUGAGGUCAUAGUCACAGCAUGGGGGCCUUGAGUGCCUGGCCAGGUGGCCCUCCACGUGAGGUCAUGGUCACAGCAUGGGGGCCUUGAGAGCCUGGCCAGGUGGCCCUCCACGUGAGGUCAUGGUCACAGCAUGGGGGCCUUGAGAGCCUGGCCAGGUGGCCCUCCACGUGAGGUCAUAGUCACAGCAUGGAGGCCUUGAGAGCUUGGCCAGGUGGCCCUCCACGUGAGGUCAUGGUCACAGCAUGGAGGCCUUGAGAGCCUGGCCAGGUGGCCCUCCACGUGAGGUCGUAGUCACAGCAUGGAGGCCUUGAGAGCCUGGCCAGGUGGCCCUCUGUGUGAGGUCAUAGUCACAGCAUAGUUUGGAGCUAGGGGAGGGAUCGUCAGCCUGGAGGUUAGGAGACUCAUUCUGGAAUCUAGUGUGGGUCAAGCCAACUUCAGGGAGAGGCUGAGCCAGGGUAGGAGUCACAGGAGCAGAUGAGGAUGUGGGGUGCCGUGCACAGAGCUCCAUGACCGGCUUGGGAAGUUAGAAGGAAGGGGAGGCAGGAGGCUGCUUAGUCUGCUGCCAUGAUGGGCCCCAUGAAUGGCGGCUCUCAGGCUUCUGUGCUACACAGGGGUGUGUGGUUGGGCGAGUGUCCUUGUUAAUUGAUACCUAAUUGGCCUUGGUUGGGAACAUAGCCAUGAGUGCCCCUCGUGAGUGGGGCACUAGUCUGUCAUUGACCUCAUUGUGUCAGCACCUUCCCCCCAAGGAGGCUGACCCUGCCCUGCCAGCUGAGACUGGGAGAUGGUGUGGGCUCUGAUCCCAGGGCCUCCAUGAAAGCUCUGGCUUUGGAGCAGAAGCGGGUUCUAGGACUUAGUGCCCCUCACUCGGUGCCUGGGUUCCUGUGUGUGUGGAAAGGGUAGGGCUGCGCCCUGUGGAAGAGGGUUCAGGGAGCUCUGAGGACCUGGCUCGUGCUAGAUGCUCAGUCAGUAGUGUCUUUUAGCAGCAGCCGGAAGUGACUGCUUUCAGUGUGUAGUGGUGAGUGCUAGCUGGCACCCCUGUGCCUGGCUUCCCAAAGACACUGUAAUGCAGGGCAGGGGAAGCAGCGAGGGCUGGGUCCCCACGGUGGCCCUGGCAGCCCUGCCAUCCCCAUCCCCUGCCGCGUGCUGCUCCCUCCAUCUGGCCCCUGCCCCUCAGCCAGUGGAGGAGCCCGCUGGGCCCUUCCCUGCCUGUCCCCUCUCCUCCCUGGCCCCCUGCACAGGUAAGUGAGGGUGAGGGGGGGCACAGCUGGGGACUGGGGCCACUAACCCCACCCCGGGCCCCCCCGAGCCCCUGAGGUGGGGAGGCUGGGAGGCGGGUGGGGAAGCCAGCAGGUACUGUGCUGAGGAAAUCCUGUGGGUACCCGAAUGGGGGGGCCUCCCCGCUCGUGGGGCCCUCCCCUGCCCUCCUGCCCGCCCGCCUCAUCACCUUCUCCUCUUGUCUCCAUAGCUUCCGCCCUGCGCUGCCAGUCUCCUACCUGCAGGCCGAGCUGGCCUUCGAGGGCGAGGCCGCCUGCCGGGCCUUCCUAGAGCCCCUGGGCCUGGCCUACACGGGCCCGGACAACUCCAGCAUCGACUGCCGCCUCAGCCUGGCGCAGCUGUCAGCCUUCUGAGCACCCAGCGAGGAGGGGCGGGGGCAGGGGCUGCAGCCCCCAGCGCUGCCUUUGCGGAUUCUGUUUUUGAGCCGUGGACUUGGGUUGUAAAUUUAUUUGUGGGGAGUGCGCUCCAGGAAGAGCCACCAUCCCUGCCCCCGUUUUCCCACCGGGGAGUCUGUACAGAGAUUUUUCUACGUUUUUAUUUUUUGCCUCAGAGGGAUGGGAUUGGGGAGGAGGGGAUGGGCAGCGGAGGGUUGGGGGCAUGGUCUGCAGGCUCAUCUGUGUCCGCCUUUCACUCCACUAAUGCUGUCUCAGUGUUUUCUCUCUCUCUCUUUCGAGCUUGCACUCCGGUACCCGACCCGGCGCCCUGGCCCAUCCCAUGCCGGGGGGGCCAGUGGAAAGAAGACAGGCCGUCCAGCCCGUGCCCGCCUGCGGCGGGGGCACCCAGCAAGCCCGCCCACCGCCCGCUGCCUCACCUGCUUCGCCACAGACUCUUGUUCCCAGCCCCUUGGGGCCUCCGUGUUUGGGGUGAGGGGAGCUGCUUAGAGACUGUGCCCGUCCUCGGCCCCCCACCCUGAAGUGCCAGCACCACCAGCACCAGAUCCUCCGCCGCCACACCGCACUGAGGACACGCCGGCCGGGCCGCCUCGUCUCAAGUUGUAUAAAGUUGUCUCCGUGUCCCCUCCUCCCUCUGCCCCCAAUGUUUCUUCUGAUUUUUUUUUCCCCUUUCCCUCCCUCCCUCUCCGCAUUCUUCCCUUGGUUCAGCACAGGUAAAAUGGUUCCCCUCCCUCCCUGCCUUCAUGGAUCACCAGCUCACGUCAUGUUGCCUUCUCUUUUCUUUGUGUGUGUGUUUAUUUAAGUUAUUUUUCUUCCUCCUCUCCCUUUUCUUUUUGGCCCUCCCUCCCUCCCUCUUCUGCCAUGUAACUGGAGGAUGUGCUAUGAGUUUGCAAACAGCUGGACUGUCAGGCUGCUUUUUUUCCAGAUGUUCCUCCUCUGCCUCCCCUUCCCCUCCUCUCCCCUCCCUUUCCUUCCUUCCUUCCUUUCCUUGGAGCACUGAGCACCAUUUGGAAGCUUGAGAGAAACCAAAAUUAAAGAGAGAAAGAGAGAG